UUGUUUAUAUAAAUACAUCAUUUCUUUAACCCUCGCGGGCUCGAGCCGGGUCCGAGGGUUAAAUGGACCAAAACAUAUUGUAGUUAAUCUUAAAUGUGUUUGACUGUGCACCAAUAAUUUCCCCUUUUUUUAUUAGGAUUGCAGUAGAAUAUGGCCCCUGGGUUCCAGCGCCCGAGCGGAUAAAUUCCACCUUGGGAUGGGGUUUUAUUGAAAGGCUGCUAUGGAAUAGUCCGCCCAGGACAUAUUCGCGAAUGAUUUGGCGUCAGGAAUAUUUCUGGCGCAAAAGCACAGGCGAAUACCUACAUAGGGGAUUUUGGGCAACGAGCUCCUUCCGGGAUCCGGCCAUGCUAAAGAGUGAGGAUGGCCACAUGAAAAUUAUGGUCGGAGGGGAAGUCAAUUGUGUUGAAGAGGAGGAAAUUUUCUUGCAGGAUCUUUUGGCCCGUUACCCACCGCGUUUUGGGGCCUAUGCCGUUCGGGAGGAAUAUUUCAUUUCGUUUAUAGAAGAGUUCCUCCCCAUAAAUGGAGAAAUGACAUGCUUCAGAUUCCGGUGGCAGUUGGUGAGGAUGAAUAAAACAAACUUUUAAAUAAUUUGUUCAUGAAUUCGUGUUGCCAGUGAGUUCAUAAAAGAUUUUUUUUAGUGUUAUAAUAUUCCUGUUGACAAGGCCUGGGAGACAAUAGGCCAUCGCUCACUAGCGGAGGGGCGACAGGCUCGGUGGCAGAUGAGGAGGAGGGCUUACCUCCUUAGACGAAGAGAGGCAGACAUCCGGGGGGGACUUCCGCGACAUUUAGGGGUUUAGGAGAAACCGUAGUCCCUAAGACAUCCUUUCUCUUUUUUUUAAAUAGUAUACAUAUACACUCAUGAA